AUGGAAAAGGGGGAGAAUGUUCCUGCCUUUGUCCGGUUAGACGCUGCACGGGACAAUGGAAUCCAGACAGUGUGUGGCCAGGGGGGGCCCCAGGACCGGAUCGUGGCGGGGGAGGACGCCCCGCCGGGGGCCUGGCCCUGGCAGGUCAGUCUGCAGUAUGAGAACCGCCACGUCUGCGGGGCGACCCUCAUCAACUCGGAGUGGGUGCUCAGCGCUGCACAUUGCUUUCCCCAGCACGCGGAGCUGUCUCGGUACCGAGCCGUCCUGGGCUCCCGCCAGCUGUCGAUCCCAGAGCCCGGCUCCCUGCGGCUGCCCCUGUCCCGCGCCGUGGGCCACGCGCUCUACUCCGGGGAGGGCUCCAGCGGAGACAUCGCCCUGGCCCAGCUGGGCCGCCCCGUCACCUUCACCCCGCGGGUGCUGCCCGCCUGCCUCCCGGACGCCGGGGUCCACUUCCCCGCCGGGACCCUCUGCUGGGUGACUGGCUGGGGGUCGCCACAAGAGGGAGCCCCGCUCCCAGUCCCCAUGACGCUGCAGCAGCUGCAGGUGCCUCUGAUCGACCCACUGCCCUGUGACGCCCUUUAUCGGCGCCGGAGCAGCAUGCGGGAGAUCCAGGACGACAUGAUGUGUGCCGGCUACGCCGAGGGACAGAGAGACGCCUGCCAGGGUGAUUCCGGGGGCCCCCUGGUCUGCCAGGAGGCUGGGCUGUGGUUCGUGGCCGGCGUCGUCAGCUGGGGCGAGGGCUGCGCCCUCCCCAACCGCCCCGGGGUCUACAUCCGGGUCGGCGCCUACCUGGACUGGAUCGGGCGGCAGGUGCCCAACGCCACCUUCGGGGUGGUCAAUAUCACCUCCUACGGCCUGCCCGGGGCCGCGCCCCCCAGCCCUGCCCCCGCCGCCCUGCUUCUAGCCACCUGGCUGCUCAGCUGUCUCUGA